AAUAUCUUUCUUAGAUCUGCAUUCAAUCUGUAGAGAUAGAUAGAAAUAAACAUUUAUUGUGUUGAUCCCUCAAAUGAGGUUAUCACACACUGGACGUACUAAUAUCGACCGAUAUUAUCGGCGGUCAGAUUAAUCGGUCGGGCUCUAGUUCUAACCUGUAAUCUUGUAUUCCCCGGUUUUAUUUUGACACGGACUAAAUGUGGUGUUUGACCCAACACCUCCCUUUCAUUGUCUUUAAGUGUCACACCGAUAGCACUAUGGGCAAUAUGGGGAAAGUCAAAUCAUGGACUUGAAGGGUUGAAACAAAGCGACAUGUAUCGUAACAGACCUCAGACAAAUUCUAUAUAUCCGCCAUCUUGUUUCACUUUUUAAACAUAAAGCAUGGUAAAGCAGCACUUUACAUCCAUUUAACUCACAGGAUGAUAAAUGAAACCACACGAGAGGCUAAUGUUUAUGUCAUACUGGAGUCAGCACAAAUAGCUGUGACGUCAUCCUCAUGAGGUCAUUUAUUACAGCUGUGGAGGUCACAUUUUCCAGAGAAGCGACUCUUAACAUUUCAUAAAAGCUAAUAAGGAUACCUCACAUCAACAUGAAACAUCCUCUAAAUCAACUGAACCUAAACUUCAACGAGUAAGCUUUUGUAUUCUUAAUGCACAUUAUAAAAUCUUUCCCCUUUCUGUCAUCUUUCCUUACGACACAACUCGUGCAGUCUGGCCUGGCUAUCCUGUCCUGGAAAGACAAGCUGUCACAUAAUUAAUUCCAAAAGAAAGGAAAAGAUGCAAGCCCGAAUGAUUUUCCCACACCGACACAGGAGGUUUGUGCUCAGGAGCAGCAGACGCAGAGGGAAUGUGUUCCCAGUGAGGAGCCCUUGAAAGAGGAGCAGACUGAAUCCUGGACCAGGUCGGGGGGGUCACCCGGAUGUCCUGCAUACGGCAGCGUAACCGGCCCGAUGACUCAAAUGGUCAGAGUCGGGGAGCGGGAGGAAAACCAGAUGCGAGACACCCUGAGUCAAGCUGCGACAGCUGGAGAGCACAGUGGAUUCCCCGAGCCAGACAACCUCAUCCGAGUCGUAACCGUGGGAGAUCAGUUCGAGUACGAGAACCAAUCGCAAGAGGAGCAACCCUUACCGUCCUAUCGAGUGUUCACGGCGUACACAAGGAAGGCGAACAUGUUUUUUUGCAACAUCUGCGGUAAGCCUUUUGGGAAAAAAGAAAAGCUGAAGCUGCACAUCGCAGCUCAUUCUGCGAAACGUUUUCCCGAGUCCGGCAACCGGACGUUCACCUGCUCCCUCUGCGGCAAGGUAACAUACACCAAAUAUCACAUGCUCACCCACAUGAAGUCACACAACAACGAGAAACCGUACCCCUGUCCGAUCUGCGGCAACAAAUACAAGCUGAAGAGCCACGUGAAGGAACAUAUACGGACUCACACGGGGGAGAGGCCUUACACCUGCUACACCUGCGGGCAAAGCUUCAACAGGUCGUCCACGCUGAGCAAGCACGCCAGGAGCAAGCACAGCGAGAACAAGCCCUUCAAGUGCGUGCAGUGCGAGCUGAGCUUCCCUCUGUACAUCGUGUUGAAGCAACACAUGAGGACGGUGCAUGGUUACAUGUUCCCUGUGGGAGACGACCAGCCCCCGGUGCAAUGCUGAAUACUGCUGAGGCUCAGAGGUUACAGACCUCUUCAUUUUAAAUAAACACAUCUGUUCUAAUGCUCUUUAAUGAUUGUACACUGUAAUUGGAGUUGUAGAUAAGAUUGCCUUUUUAAAAGUAGCACUUAACGUCUUUUUUUUUUUUUUACACUCUUAUGAUGACCUCUAAUGAGAUUGCUUAACGACUUCCUGAUUCUGACAAAGUGUUUAUAGUAAAUACAAUACAUGUCAUUAUAAUAUAUUGCUUUGCACUGUUGUUCGACAUCUCUGAUUAGCUGCACUUCUUUUAUGUCUGCCUUAAAUCACACGUGGCUUUGUUCUUUUAGUAGCUCCUUUAAAAAAUGUUUGUCUGUGUUGUACUGUUUGAAAAAUGCAGUGUCAAUAAAAACAGUACAUGGACAUA